CCGCCACCGCCACCACCACCGCUGGCCGUGCGGGUUUUCUUUUCUUUUUGUCUUUUUUGACUCGUUGGAUCCGCCAUAUUGACGAGGCCGUGGGAGCUAGCCCGGGUCGCGGAAGCUAGCCUCCGCCGUUGCGGAGCCGCAACCCCUGUGUAGCCGGGCCCGUCCCGGGGGCCGCCGUUCCUCUCUGCCCCGGAGAACCAUUUCCUCCCCUUUGCCUGGCACCGGCUCCCCUCCUCCCGCCCCCCAGGGCCUCGCGGGAGCCGCCGGCCGCCGCGCCGCUCCCUUCACCGGGAGGCGGCUGCCUUGACCUCCCUCCCCGCCCCCCCCAACCCCGCUGCUUUUUUGGGGUUAGGUAACGGGGGGGAGUGUGCCGACGAGCCUCCGGCGAGUGAGCAGGCCCGGAGUGGGGGGCCCAGAGAGGCGGCGACUAGGGGAAGGUGAAACUGCCGCUGCAGGAGGAGGAGCAGGAGGAGGUGACGCAGGAGCAACGCACCGCCCGGAGCUGGAGUGAGCGCAGAAGAGCGCCCCAGCCCGAGGGGGAGAAGGGGGAAAAGAGGGCCGCCGCCGGCCGCGAGGGAGGAGGAGGCGGCCAGGGCCCGGAGCGGACCGCUUGUGCGGACGCCGAGCGCGCCCCGAGCCCCGGCGGCGCCCGCGGCCUCCGCCGAUUUGCCUUUUUUUUUUUCCUUUCAAUUUUUCGCGUGUCGUUCCUCCUCAGUCAGCCCUCGGCUGGGGAUGCUCCUAGGUUAGCAGCUUAGGCCUCUCAUUUCGGCUGGACCCCUCCUUUUUUUUUUUCCUUUUUUUCUUUCUCUUCGAAUCCCGCCCUCCUGCUUGCGUUGUCCCGCUUCUUGGAAGACACCCGGGGUUGUGUUCGGUUAUGCAAUGGUCUCUGCAAGAUGUUUUAUUCUUGAAUUGGAGCUUUUUAAGACUGACAAAUGCUGGUACUUCAUCUUCUAUAAGUGGACUAUAAUUUCUUUUCUUAAGACAACUACAUAAGCAGACAAAAUUGCAAAGAUCUGCCCUGUGUCGAGUAUGACAGCCACGACUCGUGGCUCUCCAGUUGGAGGGAAUGACAACCAGGGCCAAGCUCCUGAUGGACAGUCUCAGCCCCCCCUCCCACAGAAUCAGACUUCAUCACCUGAUUCUUCUAAUGAAAAUUCCCCUGCAACUCCUCCUGAUGAGCAAGGUCAAGGUGAUGCCCCUCCUCAGAUUGAAGAGGAGGAACCUGCGUUUCCACAUACUGACUUGGCAAAGCUAGAUGAUAUGAUCAACAGGCCUCGUUGGGUUGUUCCAGUUUUGCCGAAAGGGGAAUUAGAAGUGCUUUUAGAAGCUGCUAUUGAUCUUAGUAAGAAAGGCCUUGAUGUUAAAAGUGAAGCAUGUCAGCGAUUUUUCCGAGAUGGGCUAACAAUCUCAUUUACAAAAAUCCUUACAGAUGAAGCAGUUAGUGGCUGGAAGUUUGAAAUACAUAGAUGUAUUAUUAAUAAUACUCAUCGCCUGGUGGAGCUGUGUGUGUCUAAGUUAGCCCAAGACUGGUUUCCACUUCUAGAACUUCUUGCCAUGGCCUUAAAUCCUCAUUGCAAAUUCCAUAUCUACAAUGGUACACGUCCGUGUGAAUCAGUGUCCUCGAGUAUUCAGUUGCCUGAAGAUGAGCUCUUUGCACGUUCUCCAGACCCUCGAUCACCAAAAGGUUGGCUAGUAGAUCUCCUCAACAAAUUUGGCACUCUAAAUGGAUUCCAGAUACUGCAUGAUCGCUUUAUUAAUGGAUCAGCACUAAACGUUCAGAUAAUUGCAGCCCUUAUUAAACCAUUUGGACAGUGCUAUGAGUUUCUCACUCUUAACACAGUGAAAAAGUACUUUCUUCCAAUAAUAGAAAUGGUUCCACAGUUUUUAGAAAACUUAACUGAUGAAGAACUGAAAAAAGAAGCAAAGAAUGAAGCCAAAAACGAUGCUCUUUCAAUGAUUAUUAAAUCAUUGAAGAAUUUAGCUUCACGAGUUCCUGGACAAGAAGAAACUGUAAAGAACUUAGAAAUAUUUAGGUUAAAAAUGAUACUUAGAUUAUUGCAAAUUUCUUCUUUCAAUGGAAAAAUGAAUGCACUGAAUGAAGUUAAUAAGGUGAUAUCUAGUGUAUCAUACUAUACCCAUCGUCAUGGCAAUGCUGAGGAAGAAGAGUGGCUCACAGCAGAAAGGAUGGCUGAAUGGAUACAGCAGAACAACAUUUUAUCCAUAGUUUUACGAGAUAGUCUUCAUCAACCACAAUAUGUAGAGAAACUAGAAAAGAUACUUCGUUUUGUCAUAAAAGAAAAAGCUCUGACCUUGCAAGAUCUUGAUAAUAUCUGGGCAGCACAGGCGGGGAAACAUGAAGCCAUUGUAAAGAAUGUACAUGAUCUACUGGCCAAAUUGGCAUGGGAUUUUUCUCCUGAACAACUUGAUCAUCUUUUUGAUUGCUUUAAGGCCAGUUGGACAAAUGCAAGUAAAAAGCAACGUGAAAAGCUCCUUGAGCUGAUUCGUCGUCUUGCAGAAGAUGAUAAAGAUGGAGUGAUGGCACAUAAAGUGUUGAACCUGCUGUGGAAUCUGGCUCACAGUGAUGAUGUGCCUGUAGAUAUUAUGGACCUGGCUCUUAGUGCUCACAUCAAAAUACUAGAUUAUAGUUGCUCCCAGGACCGGGACACACAGAAGAUCCAAUGGAUAGAUCGCUUUAUAGAGGAACUUCGCACAAAUGACAAAUGGGUCAUUCCUGCACUGAAACAAAUAAGAGAAAUUUGUAGUUUGUUUGGUGAAGCACCUCAAAAUUUGAGUUCUUCUCGUUUCAGUCAAACUCAGCGAAGUCCCCAUGUAUUUUAUCGUCAUGACUUAAUCAAUCAACUUCAGCACAAUCAUGCCCUAGUUACUUUGGUAGCAGAAAACCUUGCAACUUACAUGGAGAGCAUGAGACUGUAUGCCAGAGAUCAUGAAGAUUAUGACCCACAAACUGUGAGAGUUGGAAGUAGAUAUAGUCAUGUUCAAGAAGUCCAAGAACGACUUAACUUUCUUAGAUUUUUAUUGAAGGAUGGCCAACUGUGGCUGUGUGCUCCUCAGGCAAAACAAAUAUGGAAGUGCUUAGCAGAGAAUGCAGUUUACCUUUGUGAUCGUGAAGCCUGUUUUAAGUGGUAUUCCAAAUUAAUGGGGGAUGAACCAGACUUAGAUCCUGAUAUCAAUAAGGAUUUCUUUGAAAGUAACGUGCUUCAGCUUGAUCCUUCCCUAUUAACUGAAAAUGGAAUGAAAUGUUUUGAAAGAUUUUUCAAAGCUGUGAAUUGUCGAGAAGGAAAACUAGUAGCAAAAAGAAGAGCCUAUAUGAUGGAUGAUUUGGAGUUGAUAGGAUUAGACUAUCUUUGGAGGGUUGUAAUUCAGAGUAAUGAUGACAUUGCCAGCCGAGCUAUAGAUCUCCUUAAAGAGAUAUACACAAACCUUGGUCCAAGGCUGCAGGUCAAUCAGGUGGUGAUUCAUGAAGACUUCAUUCAGUCAUGCUUUGAUCGUUUGAAAGCCUCUUAUGACACAUUGUGUGUUUUGGAUGGUGACAAAGACAGUAUUAAUUGUGCAAGACAGGAAGCUGUUCGAAUGGUCCGAGUAUUAACUGUUCUAAGAGAAUAUAUAAAUGAAUGUGACAGUGAUUAUCAUGAAGAAAGAACAAUUUUGCCUAUGUCGAGAGCUUUCCGUGGUAAACACCUCUCUUUUAUAGUUCGAUUUCCAAACCAGGGCAGACAAGUAGAUGACUUGGAGGUUUGGUCUCAUACAAAUGAUACAAUUGGUUCAGUUCGACGAUGUAUCCUCAAUCGCAUUAAAGCUAAUGUAGCUCAUACAAAAAUUGAACUCUUUGUGGGUGGUGAGCUUAUUGAUCCUGGAGAUGACAGGAAGUUGAUUGGACAACUAAACCUCAAAGAUAAAUCACUAAUUACAGCCAAACUUACACAAAUAAGCUCCAACAUGCCAUCAAGUCCUGAUAGCUCUUCUGAUUCUUCAACUGGAUCUCCUGGAAACCAUGGUAAUCAUUACAGUGACGGCCCCAAUCCUGAAGUGGAAAGCUGUUUGCCUGGAGUAAUAAUGUCACUUCAUCCCAGAUAUAUCUCUUUCCUUUGGCAAGUUGCAGACUUAGGGAGCAGCCUAAAUAUGCCACCUCUUAGAGAUGGAGCAAGGGUGCUUAUGAAACUUAUGCCUCCAGAUAGUACAACAAUAGAAAAAUUAAGAGCUAUUUGUUUGGACCAUGCUAAACUUGGAGAAAGCAGCCUUAGUCCGUCUCUUGACUCACUCUUCUUUGGUCCUUCAGCAUCACAAGUGCUGUACCUAACAGAGGUAGUCUAUGCCUUGUUAAUGCCUGCUGGUGCACCUUUGGCUGAUGAUUCCUCUGAUUUUCAGUUUCACUUCUUGAAAAGUGGUGGUCUGCCCCUUGUCCUGAGUAUGCUAACCAGAAAUAACUUCCUACCAAAUGCAGAUAUGGAAACUCGAAGGGGUGCCUACCUCAAUGCUCUUAAAAUAGCCAAACUGUUACUAACUGCCAUCGGCUAUGGCCAUGUUCGAGCUGUAGCAGAAGCUUGUCAGCCAAGUGUAGAAGGCGUGAAUUCCAUGACAUCGGUCAACCAAGUAACUCAUGAUCAAGCAGUGGUGCUACAGAGUGCCCUUCAGAGCAUUCCUAACCCAUCAUCUGAAUGCAUGCUUAGAAAUGUGUCUGUUCGUCUUGCUCAGCAAAUAUCUGAUGAGGCUUCAAGGUAUAUGCCUGACAUAUGUGUAAUUAGAGCUAUACAAAACAUUAUUUGGACAUCAGGAUGUGGGGCAUUACAACUGGUAUUCAGCCCAAAUGAAGUCACAAAAGUUUAUGAGAAGACCAAUGCAGGCAAUGAGCCAGAUCUUGAAGAUGAACAGGUUUGCUGUGAAGCAUUGGAAGUGAUGACAUUGUGUUUCGCCUUGAUCCCAACAGCCUUAGAUGCUCUAAGUAAAGAAAAAGCUUGGCAGACAUUUAUUAUUGACUUACUAUUGCACUGUCACAGCAAAAAUGUUCGCCAAGUGGCACAGGAACAAUUUUUCUUAAUGUGCACCAGAUGUUGCAUGGGACACAGGCCUCUACUUUUCUUCAUUACUCUGCUCUUUACUGUCUUGGGGAGCACAGCGAGAGAGAGGGCUAAACAUUCAGGCGACUACUUUACUCUUUUAAGGCACCUUCUUAACUAUGCUUACAACAGUAACAUUAAUGUUCCCAAUGCUGAAGUUCUUCUCAAUAAUGAAAUUGAUUGGCUUAAAAGAAUUAGGGAUGAUGUUAAAAGAACAGGUGAAACAGGUGUAGAAGAAACAAUCCUUGAAGGACACCUUGGGGUUACAAAAGAGUUACUGGCUUUUCAGACUCCUGAGAAAAAGUUUCAUAUUGGUUGUGAAAAGGGAGGUGCUAAUCUCAUUAAAGAAUUAAUCGAUGAUUUCAUCUUUCCUGCAUCUAAUGUUUACCUGCAAUAUAUGAGAAAUGGAGAACUCCCAGCUGAACAGGCCAUUCCUGUCUGUGGCUCACCAUCUACGAUUAAUGCUGGUUUUGAGUUACUAGUAGCAUUAGCUGUUGGCUGUGUGAGAAACCUCAAACAGAUAGUAGAUUCUUUGACUGAAAUGUAUUAUAUUGGUACAGCAAUAACUACUUGUGAAGCACUUACUGAGUGGGAAUACCUGCCACCUGUUGGACCCCGCCCACCGAAAGGAUUUGUAGGGCUGAAAAAUGCCGGUGCUACUUGUUACAUGAAUUCUGUGAUUCAGCAACUCUAUAUGAUUCCGUCUAUCAGGAACGGUAUUCUUGCAAUUGAAGGCACAGGUAGUGAUGUAGAUGAUGAUAUGUCUGGGGAUGAGAAGCAGGACAAUGAGUGCAGACUGACCUGGAACUUAUGGGCCUCCUCCUGCCAGCUGGAUAAUACUUCACUGGCUAGCAAUGUUGAUCCCAGGGAUGAUGUGUUUGGAUAUCCUCAACAAUUUGAAGACAAACCAGCACUGAGUAAAACAGAAGAUAGGAAAGAGUACAAUAUUGGUGUUCUAAGACACCUUCAGGUUAUCUUUGGGCAUUUAGCCGCUUCUCGACUACAGUACUAUGUACCCAGAGGAUUUUGGAAACAGUUCAGGCUUUGGGGUGAGCCUGUUAAUCUUCGUGAACAACAUGAUGCUUUAGAGUUCUUUAAUUCGUUGGUGGAUAGUUUAGAUGAAGCUUUAAAAGCCUUAGGGCAUCCAGCUAUGCUAAGUAAAGUCUUGGGAGGUUCCUUUGCUGAUCAGAAGAUUUGCCAAGGCUGCCCACAUAGGUAUGAAUGUGAAGAAUCUUUCACAACUCUGAAUGUAGACAUUAGAAACCACCAAAAUCUUCUUGAUUCUUUGGAACAGUAUGUCAAAGGAGAUUUACUAGAAGGGGCAAAUGCUUAUCAUUGUGAAAAAUGCAAUAAAAAGGUUGAUACUGUAAAGCGCUUACUGAUUAAGAAAUUACCUCCUGUUCUUGCUAUCCAACUAAAACGAUUCGAUUAUGACUGGGAAAGAGAAUGUGCAAUCAAGUUCAAUGAUUACUUUGAAUUUCCUCGAGAGUUAGACAUGGAACCUUACACAGUUGCGGGUGUUGCUAAACUGGAGGGAGAUAAUGUAAACCCAGAAAGUCAGCUGAUACAACAGAAUGAACAGUCUGAAAGCGAGAAAUCAGGAAGCACAAAAUACAGACUUGUAGGUGUGCUUGUGCACAGUGGUCAAGCAAGUGGGGGACAUUACUAUUCUUACAUCAUUCAGAGGAAUGGAGGGGAUGGUGAAAAAAAUCGCUGGUAUAAAUUUGAUGAUGGAGAUGUAACGGAGUGUAAAAUGGAUGAUGAUGAAGAAAUGAAAAACCAGUGUUUUGGUGGAGAGUACAUGGGAGAAGUGUUUGAUCACAUGAUGAAGCGCAUGUCGUACCGGCGCCAGAAAAGGUGGUGGAAUGCAUACAUACUUUUUUAUGAACGAAUGGACACAAUAGAUCAUGGUGAUGAGUUGGUAAGAUACAUAUCAGAACUUGCUAUCACCACAAGGCCCCAUCAGAUUGUUAUGCCAUCAGCCAUUGAGAGAAGUGUACGGAAGCAGAAUGUACAGUUCAUGCACAACCGAAUGCAGUACAGUUUGGAAUAUUUCCAGUUUAUGAAAAAACUACUUACGUGUAAUGGUGUUUACUUAAAUCCUCCUCCAGGACAAGAUCACCUGUCUCCUGAAGCAGAAGAAAUCACUAUGAUUAGUAUUCAACUUGCUGCUAGGUUUCUUUUUACUACAGGAUUUCACACAAAGAAAAUAGUCCGUGGCUCUGCCAGUGAUUGGUAUGAUGCACUGUGUAUUCUUCUUCGUCACAGCAAGAAUGUGCGUUUUUGGUUUGCUCACAAUGUCCUUUUUAAUGUUUCAAAUCGAUUCUCUGAGUACCUUUUGGAAUGCCCUAGUGCAGAAGUGAGAGGUGCAUUCGCAAAACUUAUAGUUUUCAUUGCACAUUUUUCCUUGCAAGAUGGACCAUGUCCUUCACCUUUUGCAUCUCCUGGACCUUCUAGUCAGGCUUAUGACAACUUAAGCUUGAGUGACCACUUACUAAGAGCAGUACUAAAUCUGUUGAGGAGGGAAGUUUCAGAGCAUGGACGUCAUUUGCAGCAGUAUUUCAACUUGUUUGUAAUGUAUGCCAAUUUAGGAGUUGCAGAGAAGACACAGCUGCUGAAACUGAGUGUACCUGCUACCUUUAUGCUUGUGUCCUUAGAUGAAGGUCCUGGUCCUCCAAUUAAAUACCAGUAUGCUGAAUUAGGCAAAUUAUACUCAGUAGUGUCACAGCUGAUCCGUUGUUGCAAUGUCUCCUCAAGAAUGCAGUCUUCAAUUAAUGGUAAUCCUUCUCUUCCAAAUCCUUUUGGCGAUCCAAAUUUAUCACAACCUAUAAUGCCAAUUCAGCAAAAUGUUGUAGACAUUUUAUUUGUGAGAACAAGUUAUGUGAAGAAAAUUAUUGAAGACUGCAGCAACUCUGACGAGACUGUCAAAUUGCUUCGCUUUUGCUGUUGGGAGAAUCCUCAGUUCUCAUCUACUGUCCUCAGUGAACUACUUUGGCAGGUUGCUUAUUCCUAUACUUAUGAACUCCGGCCCUAUUUGGAUCUGCUUUUACAAAUCUUACUGAUUGAAGACUCCUGGCAGACUCACAGAAUUCAUAAUGCCCUUAAAGGAAUUCCAGAUGACCGAGAUGGGCUGUUUGACACAAUCCAGCGUUCUAAGAAUCACUAUCAAAAAAGAGCAUACCAGUGUAUAAAAUGUAUGGUAGCUCUCUUUAGCAGUUGUCCUGUUGCCUACCAAAUCCUGCAGGGCAAUGGAGAUCUUAAAAGGAAAUGGACCUGGGCAGUGGAGUGGCUUGGAGAUGAACUCGAAAGAAGACCGUACACUGGCAAUCCUCAGUACACUUACAACAAUUGGUCUCCACCAGUGCAAAGCAAUGAAACAUCAAAUGGCUAUUUCUUGGAGAGAUCACAUAGCGCUAGGAUGACACUUGCAAAAGCUUGUGAACUCUGUCCUGAGGAGGAACCAGAUGACCAAGAUGCCCCAGAUGAGCAUGAGUCACCUCCACCGGAAGAUGCCCCAUUAUACCCCCAUUCCCCUGGAUCUCAAUAUCAGCAGAAUAACCAUGUGCAUGGACAGCCAUAUACAGGUCCAGCAGCACAUCACAUGAACAACCCUCAGAGAACUGGCCAGCGACCACAAGAAAAUUAUGAAGGCGGUGAAGAAGUGUCCCCACCUCAGACCAAGGAUCAGUGAAAUGCACACCUAACUGGUUCCAUCAAGACUGUGCACCCAGGCCUUACAGUCCAACUUUUUUCUGUGUCUGGCUAAUAAUUUAAAACUAGAAAACUAUUCCUAAUCAACAUGGAAUGGAGAGUUUGUUCACUGUCUUACCUGCAGAAAUUUGCUGUCAAUAUAUAACCCGCCUGCAGUGGAACGUGUAUAGUGUUUUGUAAUACAUGGCCUGAUGCUAAUGUGUAAAUGGCAAAGGUGUAUAUAGUAUAUUAAUGUUUGACUGUUAAUUCUUAAGCAAGAACCUUUUUUUUUCUUGAUGAGACUCACAGAUCUACAAAAACUACAUUAAUUUUCUUGUUAUACCCACUGCACUCUGCAGCCAGUGUUGCCUACCUUGUGGCAUUUGGAUCACCUCCUUUACAAAAACAAAAAGUAAACCAACAACAACAAAACAGCCCAUUCGUGUCACACCAAUAGUUUCGUGUUCAUUCUUUGCCACUGGAGUCAAUUUUACUAUGAGCAAUGUAAGGCUGGUUACCUUUUAAUUAUUUGGUUGAUGUGGAAAAUUGGUGAUGUAACAUGUUUCUAGAUCUUUUUCAUUGCCUUUUUAUUCUGAUGUUAGGUUAAUCACUUUGAAGCUAUAGAUAUGCUGUAACAUUUAGCAUGGCUUCACACAAGUUAGUGUAGCCAACGAGGAAAUAUUACCAUAAUGACUGCAGUUGUCCUGACAUGGCAGCUGCACUGCUCGGAGCUUUCCUUCUUAAACCCUAGACUAUAUAAAAUACAGACUGAGGGAGGACUGUGGGAAGCAGGCGGUUCUCAGUUGCACAUGUGUUAAUUCUUGUAUUUGACAGUGCAGAUCUCUGGGUGGAAUAAAGAAUACUUAAAUUUAUUGACUUAGUAAGGGGAAAUUUGAAAGGUUUUAAAACAAAUAUGCACAAAUUUGCUAUGCUAGUUUGCUGGCUGGAGCCUAGUAGAAGACUGUAUUUGGUGUGCUUGUUUUGUUCUUUGGUAGAGCUUACUAUAAGUGAUUCUUUUCAAACUGUCCUUCUGCUGGAUCCCAGUGAUAAAAGAAGUCCUCAGAAUCCCACAAUCUUUGGAGUACCUCUGCACUAAGAUCUCUGGCUGAUUCUCUGCUCAGUCAUAAUUUUACUUGAAAGCAAGAAUUGUCCUAGCUCCUUUUUCAUUAUUCCAACAGUUUUAACAUUAAACAGUUUUAACAUUCAAAGCAGGGUCUAAUUUUUAAAAAUACUGGUAGUUAAUAUAAUUGCGGUAUUUUAGAAUAAACAAUUUGGAUAAAGAUAAAGGAAUUCAUCAGUUAAUACUGUGUUUCAAAGAAAAUUGGUGACUUGAAUGUGUGUAAUUUUUAGAACCUGCCUAAAACCAAAUACCCCUGCACACAGAUACAACCCACCCUAUUUUAAAUAUUUUCCUGUUUUAUUUUAUAGAAAUUAUUUUGCUGAAUUCGCAAAUAGAAUUUGAUUUAAGAACUUUUUGUCCUGUGGUGUGUUUGGGGAUUUUUGGUACCUUUUUUUUUUUUUUUUUUUUUUUUCCGGUUUUGGUGUUUUGUGGGUUUUUUGAGAACUGCAUAUUUCUGGAAAGCGUAUUUCUGUGCAAAGCAUGUGUAGACAUGAUCUGCAGUGAGGAUUUUAGUCUCAUUGAGUUUUUGUGCACAGAAAGAUCCAACUCUCUGGCUUUUUACUAUAAAGACUUGGAGAACAGGAUGUUGAUGCUGUAAAAGUUCCCUAACAAUUAAUCUUGUACUUUUUGUAUGUUUUUAUAUACAUGUGUAUUUAAUGAGCACAAGCUUGGUUGUAUUUUUUAUGAUUCAGUUGCUAGGAAAAUGUUGAAAGGCUAUAGUUGGCACUGAUCAAAGCAGAAGCAAAAUGAGCAUUAUGUUGUGAUUUAAAAGGGGCAGUAUUUAAGAUAAAGCUUUGGGUAUCUUAUUUGCAGUAUUCCACAGUUCUGAUUCUAGGCUUCCUGUAAUUUUAGCAACUUUUGACACCAGAUAGAUUCUAUUUACAUCAGAAUUGGCUUUUGUUUUGGAUUUUGUGGAGGUGGGGAUCCAGGGCCUCAAGAAUUCCAGGCAAAUGCUCUACCAAUUGAGCUGCAUCUCCAGCCGGAAUUGAAGCUUGAGCAGAGGUUUACGGUGUUUGCAGUUCCAACUGGAAGUUUUAAAGUUCAAGUAGUGAAGUAGAAUGGCUGUUUUUGGACAAGUAACUGGUACUAGUUACAUUAGCUUACCACCUGACAGACGUCUUGGAUCCUUCUGCUCCUUAACAAAAUUUGAAAUAGGUAAAACUUAGCGACUUCCUAGAUAAGAGAAAACUUGACCUUUUCAAAGGCUGUGAAUUUUUCUUCUUGGAGGGAUUUCCCCCUCCCCGCUAGUUGCUUUGAGUGUCUAAGCCCACCAGUUCCAGAUCAGAUUUCAUGAGUCUUGUUUCUCUCCAUUUGAAGGAAGAGCAGGUCUGUAUGGUGACCAGGAGUGAGGGAAAGUGAACAGCGUUUUCAUUUGUGCAAAUUAUUUUCUAUAUUCAACUCAAAGCAUUAAUGUAUAACCGGAAAUUUUAAGGUACAUGUUAAUGUAAGCAACAUGGUGGUGAUUUUGAGGUCUUUCUCUAAACACAAAUGGCACGUUUUAAAUUUCAAGUCUUGAAGUGCCUAAAAAUGAUUUGAUUCUCUUAACAUUAUUUUGAGCCAUAUGUUUUCUCCUUUAAAUGUUUGUUGCAGAAUCACUAGUCUUCCUUUGAACUCCCACAUUUCUAAAUGGCAUGAGUACUAUUGAAGACAGUAGAACCUGUUAACGUAAAUACUUAAGAGAUUUUAGUUGUGAAACUGUAACCUGGGGCUUUGCCCAGUCAGAUCUAAGUAUUUUCAUUGUAUGACUUGGUAAACACCAUAAUGCUGCUGUCUGUAAGUUCUUCACCAGUUGAAUUCCCAUGUUCAUCAUCACAGAGGCAGAAAUACAAAACCAUAUUUGGGCUUUGUUUCUUUUCCCAAAUAUGGUUUUGUAUUGUUUCUUUUCAUUGAUUUUUCUCUAAUGAUUUCCCAGCUUUUUUUUUGUCUCCUAGCUCUAAUUAUACAGACCCAGAAUUAUUCAAAUGUUUUCUGUUUUCAUGAUUAAGUUUUAUUAGUAAAAAAUAACAACUUAAGUCUUUAAUCCUUAUUGGGUAAAAGGAUGAGAACCAUUUUUUUAUUUGAAUUACUUUUGUAAAGGAAAGCAACAGUCUGAAUAUUCAGGUGACUACUUUGGAAUAGUUCUUCGGGUUUUAGUAUUUUACCAGGUUAUGUUUUCCCGUGAACCAUGUUACUUUAAGUUUUGUGGUUAAUUUGGUGGCUAUAUCCUGCCUUAUUUAGAAUUUUAGAAAAUUGCCUUUUUGUGAUAAGUGCCCAGUUUUUAUUUCUAGUUUGAAGGUACGAGGACAUACAGACUGCUGAUAAGGAAAACAGCACCCCUUUGCCCCAGGUUUUGUGUUACCAACAAAACCAUUCUCAGUACUGGUUUCAUUGUAGGGCCCAACCAGAAUUGGUCCUGCACCUACAUGAGAGUUGCAUAUUUGAAAAUAAGGUUUUGGGUGUGAGAAAUUAACCACAGAAAUGCUGAAUGUAUUAAGAACACUCUGCAGAUUGUAUUUCUAAUGAUUUUGUGUUUGCAAAAGUGUGUAGCACUUGUUCUCUAAACUUACAGGUGUAAGGGGGAAGGGUGAACCACAUUUUAAAGUCACUAAUGAGUGCAAUUUUUUUUAAAUUUUGGAAUUGGGGUUCCCAGAAGGAAAUUUCACCGCCCAAAUCUCACAUACUUCUUAGCCUUUUACAAGCCAACAGACUGACAUAAAGAUUGUCCGCAGUUCGUAAGAUCUAGCACAUAUACAAAAAUAAAACUUUAUAAAUUAA